GUGGGAAAUUCCACCGUCCCUGUGAUAUAAUGGCGUCCCUUCUUCGUCGUAGUUUGGCAUAUUUGUGUAUCAUUGAAUCAAAAGCACAAAGGAUUCCGCACAACAUCGAGUUAUUGUUGUUAUUGAUACUUGACAUUAAAUGAUUUCCCUCAACAUGUGAUUAAAUGUAAUCCUCCUGCACUCCUUUGUUCUGCCCGAAUCAAACAUGGAGGCUGAACGUGGCUGUGAAGACGAGUGCUAACAGCCAUUUUGUAGCAUUGCAGUUGUUACAUUUCCACACAACAGACACACAAAAAGCUCCUCUUCCCCUCGACUUUGACCAGAAGCACAAACACAACAAUGUCAUUGUAAACACUCAAAUAGCCACUGCAGGUACUUUGGAUUUUUCUGUUUUAAACUUUUUGUUGAAAUACAACCUUUCACAUCAAAGCACUUUAAAGAAAACGUAGUAGAAAUCCAAACUCUCACAUCCUUCCUCUGCAGCCUCACAUUCACGCUCACUGUCUCAUGGUUGUGUCCCUUUUUUCAAAAUUUGUUUUAUUAUUAGUAGCACCAAGAUGGCUGCGUACCUUUCAAACCCAUAAAGCCAGCUCCUCUGUGAGCGUAGAGGCUGAAAGCAAGUGUUGGUGGUGCACAUGGAGUAGGGUGGAGUUCUACACUCAAAUGGCCAUUUCUUGCUGCGCACAGACACCAAAGACAACCAAUGUGGGACAGCAGAGGAGGAUUAUGGGUGGGAGUUUGAGUCUCUGCUGCGGGGGGGAUGAAGGCCGUCCUGCCCUCACUCACGUAUACAUGCUGAUCUCCCACAGCAGUGAAUCGCUCACUGUAUCCGUCCCCGUCUGUCUCUGCACGCCCUCAUUUCACAAACCCGUCCCACACCCUGUGUCUCGCACCUGUAACUUUGUAAUCCCAACUAAAUCUAGCUUCUCACCCCCCCCACCCGCAGCCCAGCUUGCUGCAGGAAACAAAGGGUGUUAAAUGACCGAGUCCAUGCUUCCUGCUGGAAACCAACUCCUCACCUGUGUCUUCCCAUCAUCUCUCAGGUGUCAUGGAUGAUGAGGACGAUCGCCAUCUUCUGGAUAUUUUAGGAGAUGUGGAUGCAUUGAAUGACUAUCUCCAUGGCAACAACAGCAAGUCUAUUGAGGAGGAUGAUGUGACCAACGCAGCUUAUGGAUCAGAUGGAUCCUUCUUUGCUGGUGACACACCUGGCUCCAACUCGGGCCUCAAGGAUGGCUCUUCCUCAAUGGGUGGAUUCGGCGCCGAUUCAGCCGGGGCAGGCCUCCAGCUCUCCAGCAGCCUUUCAUUCAUCGAGGAUGAAUUGGGGUCCGGGAACUCUUCUGGCGGCGGGGACCUCGGGGGGGAGGACCAGCCCUUUGACAUCCUGCAGAAGUCCCUCAUGGAGGCCGACAUCACGGAGCAGACGCUGGCCCAGGACGCCUUACUGGACUCCCAGCCCGCUCCCACUCUAGUGCAGGCGCCGGUUCCCUUCCAGUCCCAGCUGGUCUCUGGGGGUUAUGGAGGGGGAGUGGGUAUGGUAACCACGGCAACUGCUGGGUUUCCUACAGGCCAGUUCCUGCAGGGAGUUUCCCAGCUGCCCAAUGGCUCCGCCCAGCACAUCCAGGUGUUGGGAUCCUUCGGGGCAGGUGGGGGGAUGAUGACUCUGAGCAGUUUGGAGAGAAAUCCUCAGCUUGUGUUGAGGCCAGGGGCCCCUGUAGCCGCAGCAGGGGCCACAACAGGGGGGCAGGUGUUCGCCCCCACUCAAGGUCAAGUCGGCCUACCUUUUAAAAACAUCCCCCUUCAAAACAUCAUCAUCCAGAGAGGCCCCGGAGGGACCCAGACUCUUGUCAGACCUAUCCAACCCAAACCACUUCAAGCUGGCACGCAGACCAUCUACAGUCUUCAGCCCACUUCCACCACCAUGGCUAAUGCUAACUCUGCUGCUUCGGGGGGGCACUACACAGCCAACGGCUCCAUCGUGGUACAACCGUCCAUGGAGCAGCAACAAGCACAGACCAACUUACAACCUGGACAGUACCUGCUCCCCAGCUCGUUGGCCCUCGCUCCGGGCAGCAACCUCCACAACGGCCCCAGCGACCCCAACUCAAAUGCCCUAAUCACCAGUCAGAAUGCGGUGCAGAUUGUGGCAGGACAGAACUUCACCGCACAACAGAGGGGUCCGUUCAUCCUGAAUCAGGGACUAGUCACCGCGAGUCAGGUUGGAGGGUGUGUGACCCAAACAUGGACAGGAGUUACUUGUUCGACCACGGUACCUGUGCAGACGUCAUGUGCCCCUGGGCGGCUGACCCUGGGGGUCGUAGGUCAAACGCAAGUGUCAGCAAGCCCAGUGCAGCGCCUCCUAGUCACUCAAACCCAGAACUGCACUUCCCUGUCCCCUUUAGCUGGAGGAGGGACGCAGGAGCAAGACUUCAGACAGAAUUCCUCAUCACCUUCCCUCAAACAGCCCGGUAACAUUCAUGUCAUGAGAACCAUGACGCAAGAUUCAACGCUUAACUCUCAGGUCAGUGCACAGAAGAGGCCUGCCCACCCGCCCCUUACAAGAGAGGGAAUGAUUUUACAACGGCUGGGGAAGGAUCACGCCGGAGUUCAGACCCUCGAUCGGCGAAGUUUCUCUUCAAUCAGCGACGCGCUGCAAAGACUCCUCCCCUACCACGUGUUCCAGGGGGCGCCGCCCAGCCAGGAGGAGUUCGCACAGGUGGAUGAUGAAUUUGAGGCCGUAGCGACUCAGGUGCUGAAGAGGACCCAGGCCAUGGUGAACAAAUACAGACGGUUACUACUGGUGGAAGCUGAGCGUUCAAGUCCGUCAUCGGAGAUGGUGAUGAUCGACCGGACCUUCAACCAAGAGGAACGCACCAACCUCACGCAAGACAAGCGCAUGGUACUCGUGGAUCCAGACAGCUUCCUGGAAGACUUCUGCUGUGGCAUGAAAUCCAGACUUUCCCCAGAACCGGCCCCGGCCCCGACCCCUCCUCCGUCCAGCUGUAGCUGGAACCCGUCAGACAGUGGCUCCACGGAGCCGCCGUACAGGACAGACUCGCAGCCCGGCUGUGGAGAUCCGGGAGGGGGCGGGGCUGCAGGAGGUGGGGCGCCAGACAGAGUCCCCCCCCUACACUUAGAAAACAAGAGCGCCCUUGAACUGAAGAGAUCCCAGCAGCGCUUUGAGCCCAGCGGCGGCAGCAACCACAGCCGUUCCCCAGGUAGCGUCUCGCCUCCAGCAGCAAAGUCAGGAGGACAGACGCACUACCAGGGUUCUCACCAACUGUCCCCGCCCCAGUUCCCCUCUGAGCCCACGUCCCCCCCCCACACUGACACAGACUCUGCUCUCGAGGCGGCGGUCAACAGCAUCUUGGAAUGUUAAGACUGAUGCUUCUUAUCAUCCCCAGUGUUUGAUUUUUGUCUUUUUAUACGUGUGUGUACAUGUUUAUUUUUUUAUUUUUAAUCUCUCCUGUUGAAGUAUUUGUUAUCUCCCCCCCAACCCCCAACAAAUCCCUGAGUGAAGAGAGGUCUACUCUUCUUUCAGGUGUCCGGUCUUUGUGACACGAUCGGCCAUGUAGCAUGUAUUUAAUUUGUUUUUACAUUUCUUUCUUGUUUGUUUUGAAGCAUGACGUAGGAGUCGAGGUGGAUACAGGCACUUAUAUAUACCUAUAAAGACCCGGGAAUGUGUGCAAUGCAAUGGACUUUAUAUUCAUUUCACAGUAAGUUGAAGAGGAGGCUGCUUUCAGACAUGAACCACUGAACUCCGGAUGACCUCAUGGAACUCGGAGGGGCUGCAUGUGAGAACGCAGACUUCAGGGGUCAGUUUCUCC